AUUCACUCAUACAGUAUGUGGUCAGUUUAGCUAAGAAUUGCCAAUUAACUAGCAUGCAAGUGAUCAUAUAUCAUAACAUAAUAUUCUCUGACCUGCUUAGUCUAUUUCGACAGCCCACAAAGACAAAGCAUUAACCAAUGUUGGGACCCAUCAAUAGUAGUGAUCAAACAUCAACUGCAUGAAAAUGGGACAAUGUGAAUAAAAGGGGAAUUAAACUGCCAACUUCACACUGCUCAAUAUAUAACAGAAGGCAUGUGUUCCCUGUCUUUGAAGAUGGCUCUGAACAUCCCUGGAUUGAUCGCCGUCAUUGUAUUUUAUUUAAUCAUUCUGGUCACUGGAAUUUGGGCAUCCAAGAAGUCCAAGAAAGAGGAAAGAAAAUGUAUAGGGGCGCGGAGCGAAGUGUCCAUGGUAGGAGGGAGAAAUAUUGGCAUCUUGGUUGGCGUCUUCACAAUGACAGCUACCAAUGUUGGAGGUGGAUUCAUUCUGGGAACAGCAGAAGCAACGUACGCUCAUGGUCUCCUUUGGGCACUGGGGCCUCUGAUAUAUAUUUUAGGUGCAUUCAUUGGUGGGAUUUUCUUUGCCAAACCCAUGAGAGAGAAAAAGUACACAACUAUGAUUGAUCCAUUCCAAAUUAAAUAUGGAGACAUCAUAUCUUGUAUUCUGGUCGUUUCUUCUGUGCUUUCAGAUAUAUUUUGGACUGGUGCUAUUCUUGCAGGAUUAGGUGGAAUGAUGAAAGUUAUUUUGGGUAUCGAAUCCUAUCAAUCCAUCAUCAUCUCUGCAGCCAUUGCAAUAUGUUACACCUUACUUGGUGGGUUGUACUCUGUGGCCUACACUGACAUAAUCCAGCUCAUCUUCAUUAUCAUCAGUUUGUGGAUCUGUAUUCCGUUUCUCAUCUUAAGCCCUGCAGUCACUGACAUUGUGUACACUGCAACUCACGCCUUACAUCAGCCCCCCUGGAUUGGAUUCCUGGACUUGACAAAUGUUUGGAACUGGUUGGACACUGUUAUUUCAAAUAGUUUCGCUAUGGUUUGUUUUCAGACUUUCUACCAGAGAGUCCUGGCCUCAGCCAGCAGUAAGGUGGCACAGAUAACAUGCUUCCUGUCGGGCGGGUUUUGCUUCUUCUUGGGAAUCCCAUCUCUGCUGAUUGGAGCAAUGGCAGCAUCAACAAACUGGAAUAUGACCAGUUAUGGACUUCCCACACCACUGGACAGGGGAGAACCAGGGAACAUCAUGCCCAUCAUGCUGGAGCACCUCUGCCCCACUUAUGUAUCCAUCAUUGGCAUCGGAGCGGUAUCUGCUGCAGUGAUGUCCUCUGUGGACUCUGCUCUGUUGUCUUCCAGUUCCAUUUUUACAUGCAACAUCUACAAAAAAAUACUCAGGAAAAAGGCAUCAGACAUAGAGGUAAUGUGGGUGAUCCGAAUUACAAUCCUUAUCUUUGGAGUCACUGGCAUGGGCUUAGGAAUGGCAGCAUCUUCAAUUUAUGGUCUCUGGCUCCUGAGUGUAGAGAUUUCAUUUGCUGUUAAUUUCGCUCCACUGGUUUGCGUCCUCUUUGUUCCAUCAUCAAACAGCUAUGGAGUUAUUGUGGGCAUUCUGGUGGAAGUGGUCCUGACACUGGGAGCAGGGCUGUCAGCACUCCACAUCCCUCCCUUUAUAAAGUAUCCGGGCUGCAAAGUUGUCAAUGGGGUUUAUGUGCAGGUCUUCCCAUACAAAACUCUGUCCAUGGUGCUGUCCCUUGGGAUUAUUGUGGCUGUGUCACAUUUGUCUUCCUUUCUCUUCAAUCGAGGACUACUGCCUGAGACCUGGGACAUUUAUAACAUUAAGAGGAAACCAGAGGUUACAGUUAGAAAUACGACUUCGGAAGAAGUGGCUGAAGAAAUGGUACUAAAUGACACCAAUCCUACCACCUGGAGUUGAAGAAAGGAGCGGGAGUAAACAGCGGACAUUCACAAUUGUGAGACAUUCAGUUCACA